AUGCUCGACCAUCUCCCAAACGGCACGACCGAAGUCCACCAAACUUCACAGGCGACCUCAAAACAUCAUUUUGGUCGGCAAAUCCAAAAGAUAGGACGAGAAAAGUGCCUGCUACGUGAGAUAGACGAAGGAAGCUCAAUACGGCCGACGGCGAUGCAUAGAAUGGCCGACGAACUCAAAACCUCAAGAAGGCGCGAACACCGGUGGAAACUGAUCCUCUGGAGUCCAAAAAACACCAAGGAAGAAGAAAGGAAGGAGACGAUCGAACAGAAUACAAGAUGGCCAAAGGAAUCACAUCCCGAAGCCAUUGGCGCGCACACGAAAGAUCUCCGAAUCCACACGUUCAAAUCGCCUCAAACUUCACAAGGAGCCACAAAACAUAAGGUUGGUCGAUGA